AUGGACAUAAAAGCAUUGAAUGAUGUGCAAAAACAAUUAUUUCAGCGUGUUGUUGAAAAGCUAAUCGCUCGAAAUCAAUGUACACCGAGCGAGAUUGAAAAUAUGCAAAAGCUUUUAGAAAAUGUUCGUGAUACAAAAAACUUCCAAAUGAUCAUGGAAAAAUUAAAAGAUUGCGGACAAAUUGAACUGGAUUGUUUCGAAGAGAAUUUUAAAGAAGAAAACGGAUAUUGCAUAAAAGAUUCUAAAAAAUAUUCGGGGCAAACACUCACGCCACGACACACAAUCGAUGCUAUUUUAGGAUUAAACGAUCGCUGUGAUAACAUUGGAGACGACAAAUAUCACUUACAAAAUUAUCCACCAAUAAUAUCAGAUCAACCAUCGCAUGGUCAUCAUUUCGGGUUAAAUCAAUACAAGUCGAUCGAACAUCAAAGUAACAGCAAUCAACAUGAGAAACAUCAAAUGGAUGAACCGAAUAAUAACAACAGAAAAAAUAAUUCUUCGUCUUCAUCAUACGAUGACACAAUUGACUACGAUGAGUCGAUUCAAAAUCGCGAACUGAAAGACUCACAAAUGAUGAAGAAAGACGCAGACAACUUGAAAUAUAUGAAAAAUUUCUCAACUCGUGUUCAUUACGAUGAUCAUCAGACGACUUUCAAUGGCGGUAGUGCAAAUGUAAAUGACGAUUAUAGAAUGACAAAUAUCGAUGAAAGGAAAAUGAAUGAAGAUGGAAAUUCUUCUAUGAAUUAUGCAUCAAGUGAUGAAAUGAAUCAAAAUGCAACGUUGAGCGAUCAUGGAGAGAAAAUCGGCUCAGGGAGUGAAGAUGAAGACGAUGCAUGUUCAAAGAAGAAACACAGAAGAAAUCGAACUACAUUCACCACAUAUCAACUGCAUGAAUUAGAACGAGCGUUCGAGAAAAGUCAUUACCCGGAUGUUUAUUCAAGAGAAGAGCUGGCGAUGAAGGUUAAUUUACCCGAAGUUCGUGUUCAGUCUCGACAACUUACAAAACGAAAUCAAUUUAUUCUGACAUCUUAG